UGCAGUUCAUAAUUAGCACAGACAAAGAUAAUCUUCUCUCUGCAAACAUCAUCCUUAGCCUUCGAUAACCGACUAAUCGGGAUGCAAGGUUCAUGGGCUUGAAUGAAAUGGGUAUAUGGCCCAUUAGGUUUGGAAGUUGAACUGUCAUCAUCUCGCUAUAAAUAGAGGAGGGUUAAGCAUAAGUCAUCACAUAGUUACUUGGUUAUACUUGUUGUGAUUCAUACUCGCCAAAGAAGUUUGCCUACGUUGAAGUGCAAUGACCUUUUCCUUUUAGCAGAUUUCAUGGCUCAACACACACCACAAGUUGGUUAUGAAGACGACCUCUUCACUGAGCUCAGGAUGCAAGUGGAGAAAAUGGCUAAAGAAGUUGGGCGAACUGAUGUCCCGAACUUGCAACAACCCGAGACCGAUAUCUAUCAUCCAGGAUUCGACAAGAAGAUACUAGAACUCGAGAGGGGCAGGGGUGUGGGUAAGGAAAGAAAAAGACUACGAGCCACUAUAUUGGACGAGGGCAAAGAUAAGGAUGGAGUAGCAAGGCUCUCAACUGAAUUUAGGGAAGGGGCCUUUGACAUUAGUGAGUUGGAAGGUCCUUUAAUUCGUAUGCACAAGGGGGUCUCCAUUGAGUUAGGUGGCCAUGAGCGUAAGGUCAUCAAUGAUUCUGACCCUGAAAUCUUGUUUAGGGGUUUACUUGAAUUUCAAACUCGAGCCUUGGUGCUGAGCCGUCGGGUGGUACACAUGGCCCGAAAGGAGUUGAAGGGGGAAAGCAAAAUGAAACUAGCUAGGGACUUGAUUGUUGAGAGGAAUGUUCGUGAAGAAGAGCAUAGGUUUUGGGCUCAUGAGAAAAAGAAACUCGAGAAUGAGAAAAAGCUACUUGAGAAAGAGGUUCAACGUAUGAAGUCAUGGAAGGCCGGAUGCUUAGAGGCUGAGAAAAAAGUUAGGAAGUUGAACGCUUUCUUAAAGGAAUAUGUCGAGGAGGUGACUAAGGAUGAUCUGCAACAUUUAUACAACUUUGUUUCUAAUGCACAUAGGAAGGGUUUUCAAAAGGGUAUUCGCCAAGCAAACUUCCUCUAUAAGGAAGUAUCAACCACUGACUUUCGGUUCGACGUUAAUAAGGACAUCUUUGAUGGUCGGAUGCUUGACGACAUCGAGAUUUUCACCCUGGCGGGUCAAGAAGCUGAGAGAGUUGUUGUCGAGGAAGAUAAGGAAGAUGAGGAGAAUGUUGAGGACAACUUGGUAGAGAUGUGAUGUCGAGCCCUUCUACAGUUGGGGAGGAUGUUGAGGAUAGCUUGGGUAAAGAUGUGAUGUCGAGCUCUUCUACCUAGGUUGAUGUUACGGCCGUGGAGGAAGAAAAGGAAGAUGAAGUGGACCAAUAAUUACCUAGAUUAUGUAGAUUUUGUUGGUUGUGUUUUUUAGUUGUGUGUGUUUGGAUAUGCCUUUUUAUAAUGUUUGGCCAAGUAGGCCUUUGUUCUUUGAUGUGCUAAAUUGGAAGAUGAAUACAACAACUCCUCCGACCAUCUUCCUUGGUUGAGCCCAACAUCUUCUAUAGUUCUUCAAUAAUAAUUUAUUGGCAGCUUCGGCCUGUCCAUUGCACUGAA